AUGGACAACUACGUGAAAAUUGCCAAUGAAUAUCAACGAAAAUUCUUCGGGAAUAUUCCACAUCGGCUGAUAUUCGCGAAUUUGAUAUGCGGUUUGGUGUCUUUAUUGAUGUCAAUCAGUGGUUUUUAUCGAUUUUCUUCACUAUUUAUUCUUCUUGCUGGUGUUUGUUCUUAUCUCAACGGAAAAUCAUAUCGACAACAACAUCCGAAACCGGAAACGACAAAUCAAUUCGAAUCUUUUGCUGACAUGACUUCAUUCGCAGUUGCACCGGUCAUUCUCGUUCAUUCGUUAAAGAACUGGUCGUUUCUACUGAUUGUCGCUUUUAUCAGCUUUCCAUUUGCUGGUGCAUACAGAAUAGUCAAACUCAAUCCGAAAUCAACGAACGACUACGUUCUCGGACUUCCAUUGCCAGCUGCUGGUAUUGUUGUUGCGCUACUCGCGUUUUUUUCGUUAGUAUCACCGAUCAUUAUGAUCAUUCUUUCAUUGCUCAUGAGCACUUCAUUAGAAAUUCCUAAACCGUGA